CCGUCAGUUCGCCUGCUCCCCCGGGGUAAUUGUUAGUGCGGCAAAAAAGGAAAUAAUAUUCAGGAGAGGGAAAUAAAAUUGUGUGGUAUUCAAAGGCACUGAUAUACGUAUUCGUGAUACCCAAGUGACCAAGUGGUGAGGCCCAACCGCCAGCAGUGCGCCUGUAGCUAGAUAAAAGCGAGCGACUCGAGGCCGCGCCAGUGUGAAAUCACCGAAGGUCGAGGGUUGGUGGUGUUUCAGUGGUAUGAUCAUUGUUACGUGCCUCUAGUUCCAAAAAAGGGAGGAAUAAUUAAUAAGAGUAUUGAACACCAGUGAGUGACCAACGGUGAAUAAAAUUGUCACGUCUCAGUCCAUGUGCUCCGACAACUGAAGAUGCUCAUCAAGGAAUACCGCGUCACCCUGCCACUCAACGUCGAAGAGUACCAAGUGGCUCAACUGUACUCCGUGGCGGAGGCGAGUAAAAAUAACACAGGUGGUGGUGAAGGCAUCGAAGUAUUGAAAAAUGAGCCAUUCACGGAUACUCCACUGCUAGGUGGUAAAUAUUCGUCUGGACAGUAUACAUACAAGAUAUAUCAUCUUGCUAGCAAAGUACCAGCUUUUAUUCGACUAUUAUUACCAAAGAGCUCGUUGGAGAUACAUGAGGAGGCAUGGAACGCCUAUCCAUACUGCAAGACAGUCAUAACUAAUCCUGGAUACAUGAAGGAUAAUUUCGUCAUCAUGAUUGAGUCCUUCCACAUCGCUGACAAGGGAAACCAGCAGAAUGUACAUGAACUGUCAGCUGAUAAACUUAAAAUGCGAGAGGUGAUACACAUAGACAUAGCCAAUGAUCCAAUAGCAAGCGCUGAUUACAAAGAGGACGAGGAUCCAACGAAAUUCAAGUCCCAAAAAACUAAUCGUGGUCCGCUGGUCGGACCAAAGUGGAAAGACAAUGUUGACCCCGUUAUGACGUGCUACAAACUCGUAACAUGUGAAUUCAAGUGGUUUGGACUGCAGACACGUGUGGAGAGCUUCAUCCAGAAGGCUGAGAGACGUUUAUUCACCAAUUUUCAUCGACAGGUGUUCUGUUGGAUUGACCGCUGGUAUGGUCUCACAAUGGAGGAUAUCAGGGCGCUCGAGGACAAUACUAAGGAGGAACUCGAUAGGCAAAGACACGAGGGAGAAGUGCGAGGCAUGCGAGCAGACGAUUGAGGCUGCUGUCGAGGCAUCUAGAUACUAUUAAAAAUUGCGUUAAAAAUAAUUCUCCCCUACACCCACCCCGAGGACUACGAAGAACACAAUUAACUGAAUAACAAAAAAAAAUCUCAAUAAAUAUUAAACAACCCCCCUCCAUUGCCAGAAGCAAGACAGUCUCAGCAGAAUAUCUUCUGUCUUAGAUUCAGUGUCUAUUUCAAUUACUUACGAAUUUAUAAUUUAUUUUACAAUUUACUAAAAUUGAAUGGGAAUUAAAAACAAUUUGAAAAGCGUUUUAGAUUAAUGUACCCUAGCAAUCAAUUGAAUUCAACUUGUAUUAUCGUGUAACGUGGGAGAUUGAGAAUAUUGUGGGGUCAAUAUUCAAUGGUAUUGAAUCAGAUUUGAAUAGUUUGACAAAAUAAACACGUGAUGAGAGAUAAAAUGAAUUCCACACUGAGAAAAUAUUUAAAAUUAUAGAUAAUUGACUGUAACGAUUAAUUCAUAGUCUUUCAGGUAAUUAAUUAAAUAUUAAAGUUCAUUAAUUGGCAUAAUCAGGCCUGUAAUAAAGGAGUGCUUGUUGUGACUAGUGAGCAAAUAAUAAAUGGAGACAGACGAAAAAAAUUGUGUGACAGAGAGGAACAGUUUAUUUAGACCAACUAUUCGUGUUGCCAUUUUGUUUGAAAAGGUUGAGAGAUAAAUAGUGAAUGAUUACUUCGUCAAUUGCUUCAAUGAUGCAACUAUAAAUGUAGCAAUUGGAAUAUUUAUUUUCUAAAAACAGUGCUCGAAUGAAUUAAAUUUAAUUAAGCAUGGUCUAAUUUUGUUCAACGUACACAGCAUAUUUUCCCCAGCCUCAUGAGUCGUUUUGGGAUGAAAAUAGAAGGAAAUUCAAUGGUCAAUCGAUAAUAUUCCGGAGUAAUGGAGUACACAGUCAUGAGUUAUUUUCAUAAUAUUAAUUAAGAAUUCUGUGUUCGUUGAUACGACAGGAGGUACGACAUGCUGGGAAUAUGAAAGUAAUUAACACGUUGAAUGAAAAAUUAUACAUGAAACAUUAAUUAGUCAGUCUCGCGCUGUGUCAAUAACAAUAAAUCAAUUAACACUUUGAUGAUGUUCGAUUUAGUAUCGAUUCUAACGGAAAAACAAUAAAAUGAGUAAAUUGA